UGUGCUCCGAGUAGAAUUUUAGAGCCUCCAAGAAUUGAACGCGUGGUCUGUCAAACGGGUCUGGCGAUCUCGUCCGCGUGGUCGUCGCCGACGCAUCACUCGCUGUGAUGCCCAUCGCGCCGCGGCGAUGUCGCUCUUCGUGCAGCUCGGCAGCGUGCUACUUGGCGUGCUCACCCUGGUUCUGAUCGCGCCGCCGGCCGACGGUUUCUCUUACGAGAACCUGCCCGCGGUCGCGAUGGACUACAAGGUGCACAUUGACGCCGGCAAGGAGGACUGUUACUUCCAAUACGUAAACCCGGGUGCGACGUUCUACGUCAGUUUCCAGGUCCUGCGUGGUGGAGACGGCAAGGCUGGUUUUGCUGUAAGAAAUCCGGAAGGGAUUAUAGUUUACCCUUACCAAUGGCGUGCCAAUGCCGACUAUCAGGAUCAAUCGACGAACGGUGGUUAUUACAGCGUGUGCAUUGAUAAUCAAUUUUCAAGAUUUGCUGCAAAAUUAGUCAAUCUGUACAUUACAGUGAUCAGAUACGACAAGUGGCAGAAAUAUACACAGGAAUUAGAAGAACUCAAUCUCUCCGUGGAGAACUUCACGAAUACAAUCGUGCAUGUGGAGAAAAACAUCAACGAGAUGCUCCACACUCAACAUUGGAGCAGGGGCAGAGAAGCCAGAGAUUUAAAUCUGUUGUUAGACAAUAACUCUUACGUGCAGACGUGGUCGAUCGCGCAGGUGGUUGUCAUUACGGUGACAACCAUGAUCCAAGUAUAUUUCGUUAGGAAGUUGUUCGACGUGAAACCAUCUGGACAUUCCAAGACACGCAUUUAACACUAAUGCAUUGCACUCACUUGGUGUUUGAUAAGAACAUCAUUCAAGACGUGUUGUGAUAAGUCCAUUGUAUCAAUUGAUUAAUAUCAGUUUACAGACAAUGGCCUAAAUUGUAACGCAUAAGCAACCUGAUUAAUGAAUUUUUAAUCAGAAUUUUGUACGUUUUAUCAGUUUACAUAUUGUUUAUACGCGUUAUUUUUGCUAUUGUGUAAUACAAUGACGCUUCGGAGAUUGUCCAAAUGUUGAAAACACAAUAAGGAAUUCAGAAACUUACUACACGUACAUUUCUUAUAAGUGAUACAUAAAUAUAAAAAUAUAUUUGGACAAAGAUUAGCCUGAAACAAAUAGAAACAUGAACUUCUAGUUAACGAAGUAUCCACAUCGAUAAGAUUUUAUAUUGUUUAAGUCUAUGUUAAACACUAAUUUUUGUUUCAAAAUAUUUCCGUUUUCAUUGCCUAUUGAUGAAAAUGUAAUAGUAUAUUUAUGAAUUGAGAGCACUUCUUAUACAAGACUGUCGUGCAACAUGCAUUUGUGAAAACCACGUGUUCAGUAUCCUUUAUUUUCUGAUUUUUUUUUACUAUCGUUCCUUUAUUUCAAACAUUCUGAUUACUCGACCAAGUCAAAGUUAUGUAAGAAUAAAGAAGUAUAUAAAUAACGUUUAUAUAUUGUAUUUGUAUAAAAAUAAUAAAUGAUGCAUACUUUUCUU